AUGUGGCCAUGCCUAUUCGGCAGCGGCACAGUCGGUCGUGUUAGCAACAUCAGGCUGCAGAUGACUGCCACAAAGCAAUGCCCACCCCUCAGGAAUCUCGCUCCCAAGCUUUCCGUCUCCAACUUUCUCUACGAAAACUUGCGUUGCAAGAGCGCCAGCUCGCUGAAACCAAGAACCAUGCCCGUCCGACAAAAGUCAUGGGGCCUUACCGCAAGGCCCCUGGAGCGAUCAGCAACAAUAGAAGCCGACGAGAACGAUACCGACGAGCGGAGCACCGACGCUGCCGUCAAAUACUGGUUAUCAGAGGCAGAGAAGCUCCAGCCAGAACAACGCAUCCUCUUCCUACGAGGUGCAGAGGCGAACAGCUACGAGGACUACGUCUCGGGGUUGACCCGCGCAGUUCAAAGCACGACCAACUCGAGCAAGGUGUCGAGACUCUCCAAGAAGAUGAAGCCCGUCUACGUACUCGUCAAGUCCAUCGCACCGCUGAUAGCCUCCACAGAUCAGGUUAGCCCGUUCCCGACAUCCCUAGUCCUCGGAGGCAUCACUUGCAUUCUGUCGGCUAGCAACCGCGUCGAUGAUUACCAAAGCAAGCUGAUUGAGACUAUGGAGCAAAUGGCUGAAGAGAUUGAACUCAUCAACGAGUAUCGUCAAGAUGGGGUUUUUGACGACGAUCCUGGGAUCAAGUCAUGCGAACUAGAGCUUGCCACUGACAUUCUUCAAUUCUGCGUAAAGGUGACUCACAUCUUCUAUGACGAAAGUGGCAAGGAAAGAAACAGUCUCUAUGUGGCCAUGAAGGCCCAACUCAAAGACUUCGAUGCCAAAUUUGGCGACACCCGGACACACUUUGACCUGCACGUACGCGCUUUGGAGAAGAGGAGAGACUUGGUCAACACUCGAUGGGCCAAGGCAACAAACAUUGGUGUCAAAGAGAUCAGCAAGUUCAUCGAUCGUAAUUCCCAGGAUAAGACGGAGGCGGUGGAAGAAUUGUUGCAAAAACAUAAAGAGGACGAAGCCAAGGAAAGAGCACAAAGACGCAAAGAGUUCCUCAACUGGCUUCCCUUUAUCGACUUUGGAGAGAUUCAUGAAAAUGCAUUUGAGCGAAGUGUGGAGGGUACGGGCGACUGGCUCACCAAGAACGACUCCUACAAAGCUUGGAGCGCCAGCCCUUCUUCAACCAUGCUAUGGAUAUAUGGGAAGCACGGCUCUGGCAAGUCUCACUUGGCGUCCCGGAUCAUCCAAAAUCUGAAAAGAGACACGACAAAUGCUCCGGGACAUGCCGUAGCGUACGUCUACUGUACCACGACGCAAUCAAAGACUGAGAUGACUCUCAACAACAUCUUAGGAUCUCUUCUGGGGCAAAUCUGCAAAAAGCUUCCACCAAGCAAAGAUGUAAAAGACUUGAUUCCCAAAGACGAUUACAGCAGCAAGGAGCCUCCCCGGAGAAGUGAUCUCAAGAGCGGGAUUUUCAAAGCCGUCGCUGCAUGCCGCUCGUGCUCAAUCAUCAUCGAUGGCCUCGAUGAAUGCAGCAAGCUGGAGGACAAUCAUUUCAAGGAUAUUUGUAGCUUCAUUUCGAGCCUGGCUGAGAACACAAACGCUCUAACGAAGGUUCUUGUGCUGAGCAGGCCAAACUACAUCGAAAUCGACAACAUCAUGAAAUCUGCACCAAAGAUUCAAGUCGACUCCGGCGCCAACAAUGAUGACAUUGAGAAGUUCGUCUCGCAGAAAAUUUACGAGAUAAAAUCAGAUCCCUCUCCCGAAGAUCUUUCAGACUUUGAAGAAAUCAAGAGCCGCCUUGUCAACAAGGCUUCCGGAAUGUUCUUGUAUGUUCGUCUAAAGAUGAGAGAUUUUCGGGAUAUCGGGAACGCCGAGGACAUCAAGGAUUCUUUGGAAGAUAAAAUGGAAGGCUUGGACGACUUGUAUGAACAUGCCAUGGACUCCAUACUCAAAAAGCCCCAGCUUGUCAAAGAUAGGGCACUGAUGGCACUGCUUUGGAUCACGAACUCUCGCCGCCCAUUAUCCAAGGCGGAAUUACUGGAGGCUUUAUCGCUUAAGCUGGAGCGACCUGGGAUGAGCAGCAGCCAGAGAUUGAGUAACGAUUACUCAAUCUGUAGACAAUGCGCGGAUCUGAUCGACGAAUCUGGAGGUUUCUAUUAUCUCAUUCAUGGGUCACUGGAAGAUUAUUUGACCUCGGAGUCAACCGACUUGUCUGAUUAUAGCGCGCUGCAAUCCCGGGCUCACGACAUUCUUGCUGAAGCUUGCCUCAUCUACCUCAACUUUGAGGAUUUCCAAAAGACUAGAAUGCUAGUCAAAAAAGUGCUUACUGAACUUCAACGCCAAUACCCCCUCCUGCGCUACGCAUCCUCACAUUGGGGAAGUCAUUAUAAGCAGGCGAGCCUGCUUGGCAGCAGAGGAUCUGAAAUCAAAAGGCUUUCUUCGCAGCUUUUGUCCGUAGAAAACCUCGUCGAGCUAUCCCUGAAGAUAAUUGUCCCAUACAAACAUGAUUUAGGACAUUCUGACGUCGAAGAUUGGAACUUUUAUCGGAAGCCAACCGCACUUCACCUACUUUCCGCCCUCAACUUGAAAAGUCUAGUCGUGUCGGUGCCGAACAUCACGAGGCUCAUAAAUCAUCUGGAUCAUUUGGGUUGGUUUCCAAUCUAUUAUGCACUGAUAUUUGAGAGCAAAGAAAUGUGCAUUUGGAUCCUGGAGGCAAUUGAAGCGCGACCGGACAAGCAAAAGCUGAUAGACGAACUCGUCGGUGGCUCCUCAAUUUUACUCCAUCGACUAGCAAGACUAGACUUGGACUACGUAUUACAGCAACUACUUUCCAUGAACUGCGAUCCAAACAUUCGGAAUGAGGAUGGCGACACGCCUUUGCAUUGGGCCGCGAAUGGUGGUUCCAAAUACGCAGUUGGGGCGCUUCUCGCGGCUGGCGCAGAUGCUACCAUGGAAGCAAACGACGGCACAACGCCUCUCAUCGAAGCCGUUAUCAAAGGGGAGCUGGAAGUUGUGAAGAAGAUACUCUCCAAAAUUUCAAACAUCCCCGGAGAAGGCAGCGAAAGUUCUCCACGAAAUCGAGACAUCCAAGCCGACCAUCUGCGUGGUAUCAAGAACAUUGACCACAGACGACACAACGGAGAUAAUGCCUUUCUAAUUAGUUGUCAGAUCGGACCCGGACAUCUUGUGAAACUUCUCCUCGAGCACGGAGCGGACGUCAGAGCUACCCUCAAGGGCGAAAACGGGAUGCACCUGGCUUGCGCUCACAGCCACAUCGAUGUCCUUGAAGUUUUGCUCCAAAGUCGUGAAGCAGCCGAAUUGAUCAACGCUGGGGAUAAUGAAGGAUACACACCACUACAUGAUGCCGUUUACGCUAGAGACUAUACAGUUGCGACUAGACUCCUGCAGCAUGGUGCGCGACCUGAAGUUUCUUACAGGGACGCACUCCCAGUGUUGAUACUAUCGAUUCACCAGGGAUUUUAUGAGUUUGCUGAAACGCUCAUUGUCGAUUACAAUGUGGAUGCCUUGGAACGAAGUAAUUCUGAAGCUAGCACCGCAUUGGACUGGGCAGCCCGGCGAGUUCACGAAUUCGUGUUCCCAGAUGAAAGGGUAGGCGGCAUUGAAGAGGACAAACGAGAGACCUUCAAUCAAAUGGUCAAGCGAGAUCUUUUCAAAUUUGCAAAUACCAACCGAUUUCGACAACCCAUGCACAGAUACAGCCCCGGCGAAAACUACAUCGAAUGCCCCGAGAUGGAUUCAUUACCAAAGGAGCAACGGCGUCACUUUGAUGAGCAAGGCGGGCUACGCAGGGAGUUCUUCCACGAGCUGUCAGAGUAUUAUUCGAGCCUGGACCUAAGUACCAUGGAUGAGUUUGUCGAGACGAAUUCAGGAACGACACCGCCAAAUGAAGCAAAAUUACCAGCAGAAUUAUCAAGCACAACAUCCGAAUCCAUUGGGUCGUUUCAAGCGGAACUCGAAGCAAUGCGUGAGGUCUUAGGACGGGACAUCACAGAUUUCUUGCCACAAUUUAUUUCCUCUGAGGAUAAGGACGAUAUUCUGUGGGAUGCUGCAAUAGAAAUUUUGGAAAAAUCAGACGCUGUCUAUUUCAAACGCGAAAAGUCACGCGAAGGUAGUUUGGAGUUCAAAGAGGCAAGUGAGCAGAUCGAGAUGUAUGAGAUUUCGUGGAAGCUUGUCCAUGCUAUACUCAACGUAGAGCAUACACAAUCGGCAUGGGCCUUCCGCUGGGAGAGAAAUGUUCGACGGUAUGGGGACAUCCAGGAUCCAGGCAGCAGUCAACAGUCGGAAAGAGCCAAGCAAAACCAGGGAGCCACGGUCGGGUGGUUUCCGAGGGGUUCGGGUCAUCUGUAA